AUGAAGAAUUGGUGGGAGGAAGGAUUGAUUUACCAAAGCGAUCCAGAUGACCCCGAUUUCGAACCUCCAGAGAGUGACAUUGAAGCCGACGAUGGAAGUGAUAGUGGUGAUAGCGGAGUCGAGGAGGACGAAGCCACCGGAGUUGAGGGAGACGACGUUGGGAUAGAUGGAGACAGAGAAUCUGAUGGAGAGGAGAAUAGAGAAGACGAUGGUGACAUAGCGUCUGAUGGAGACGUCAAUCUAGAAGACGAUGGAGACAGAGAUGAAAGUCAAAAGAAGAGGACGAGAGAAGAGAAAAGAAAGGAGGAAGAGGCUGAAGAAGGUCAAAAGAAGAAGAGAAAACAGAAGAAGGAUGAGCCGGAAGAAGAUUUGGCCGAGAGGUUUGAGUUCGAGAUAGAGGAAGCAGUAGCUAUGUGGUAUGAUGAGUUAAAGAUUAGAAGGAACGAAAUACCAGAAAGUAAUAAUGAAGAAGAAGAUCAUGUGAUCACUAGAGAUAAGAAGAUUAGGUUAGCUUCGGAUGAUAGGUUAGCUAUAGGCAGAACAUUCUUCACUGGUUUUGAAUUCAAAGAGGUUGUCUUGCAUUAUGCAAUGAAGCAUAGGAUAAAUGCUAAACAAAAUAGGUGGGAAAAGGAUAAAAUUAGCUUUAGAUGUGCUCAAAGGAAGGAGUGUGAAUGGUAUGUCUAUGCCUCAUACUCUCACGAGAGGCAAUUGUGGGUUUUGAAGACCAAAUGUCUGGAUCAUUCUUGUACUUCUAAUGGAAAAUGCAAGCUGUUGAAGAGGAAAGUGAUUGGUAGAUUGUUUAUGGAUAAGCUAAGGUUGCAGCCUAAUUUCAUGCCUCUUGACAUUCAGAGGCAUAUCAAGGAGCAAUGGAAGCUAGUUAGUACUAUUGGACAAGUGCAAGAUGGAAGACUUCUAGCUCUUAAGUGGCUGAAAGAAGAAUAUGCCCAACAGUUUGCACACCUUCGAGGCUAUGUGGCAGAAAUCUUGAGUACAAACAAAGGAUCAACUGCAAUUGUUGAUACCAUUAGGGAUGCAAACGAGAAUGAUGUCUUCAACCGGAUUUAUGUUUGUCUUGGAGCAAUGAAGAAUGUGUUUUACUUCUGUAGGCCUCUCAUUGGGAUAGAUGGAACGUUUUUGAAGCAUGCGGUUAAGGGAUGUCUGUUCACUGCUAUAGCUCAUGAUGCGAACAACCAAAUCUAUCCAGUGGCGUGGGCAACUGUUCAGUCUAAGAAUGCAGACAAUUGGCUCUGGUUUUUGAAUCAGCUGAAGCAUGACUUGGAACUAAAGGAUGGCAGUGGCUAUGUGGUCAUAUCAGAUCGUUGCAAGGGGAUUAUUAGUGCUGUCAAGAAGAAGAAUCAAGAGAUUAAGGAGGCUGGAACAUCUCAGCCUACAAUGGAGCUCCAAGAAACAACACAUGGAGCUGAUACAAUCACACUCACUCAGAGAAGCAGUCAAUGGGAUCAAUCGGACCAGUUGGACUAG